UCCUCCAUAUGCGCUACUGCAGCUCGUGUGGUCUUAGUAUUACUAUAGAAAAACAAUGCAAUGAUCUAAAUGGUGGAUUAAAACUGAAAGUAAUCGGCCAAGCUACCUAUAGGAUCUUGUGAUGGACAUGGAUAUAAUACCUAGGAAGAGGACAUGGCUCCCCGAAUCUCAUUAUUACCCCAGAUUUCCCCAAAUCCCACAUUGUACCCCGAGCCGUCCAUUCUAUCGGUCACCACCGAUACGGGGGUAAAAAGGAGAAUACCUAAUAAUCGACACACGGAUCUAUAUAAGCGGCACCCUCCUCUACGUCCUAUGUAUCUAAAGUAAGCUUUCUAAGUGAGCUUCUUAUGUUCACCACAAUACCCAAUAUUCUCUUUCUUGGGAAAUUUUCCACCAUCUCGACUAACUAUGGCAGCUCAUUCACACAUUCAUAGUGUCCAGAAGGUGGCCGACCAGGAGUUAGAGGAGAAGCUAGGCCAUACUGCUGUCCUCGAUGCCAAGAAAGCCACGGAUGACGAGCAUUCCCAGACGCUAUGGCAAGGCCUACGAGAAAAUCGCAAAGCCGUUCUCUGGUCUAUCUUGCUUUCUAUGACCAUUAUAAUGGAAGGUUAUGACGGCAUUCUUAUCGGUAAUUUCUUUGCCUACCCCGAGUUCCAGAAGAAGUUCGGACAGUAUUUUGGAGACAAAAUCGGCUGGCAGGUCACAGGAGAGUGGCAGACGGCUCUAAAUAUGGGUAGCACGGCCGGUGCUGUCGUUGGCGGGCUAAUAAAUGGUUACAUGGCCUCUAAGUUUGGAUAUCGAUGGACUUUGAUUGUAUCUCUUGGGGCGCUUAAUGCUUUUAUCUUUGUCGUCUUCUUUGCUCCCGGUAAGGAGGUGCUACUCGUCGGUCAAAUCCUCUGCGGUUUGUCUUGGGGAGUAUUUGCGACGCUAGCCCCCGCGUACGCAUCCGAAGUCUGUCCUACCAACUUACGCGGAUACCUCACUACAUACGUCAAUCUUUGCUGGGCUAUUGGACAACUACUCGCUACAGGAGUAUUGCGCGGAUGCCUCAACAUACAAGGUGAAAUGGGUUAUCGUAUUCCGUUCGCCAUUCAAUGGUUAUGGCCGAUUCCUCUCAUGGUGGUGUGCUUCUUUGCGCCAGAGAGUCCGUGGUGGCUUGUUCGUGCAGAGCGUCUCGAACAAGCUAAGCAUUCCAUUGUAAGGCUCAGUGGCGAGAAAACGGACGAACAAAUAAAUAACCAACUCGCCAUGAUGGUUCAUACAAUCAGAAUCGAAGCUGAUGCGACAAAAGGCGCCACGUACCUGAACUGCUUCAGGGGCCCAAACUUGAGACGUACGGAGAUCGUUUGUGUUGCAUUCAUGGGGCAGAUCCUUUCUGGUAGUAGUUUCGCGUAUACGCCGACUUACUUCUUCACCACUGCCGGCAUGGAUACUGCCCAAGCUUUCAAUCUUAGUUUAGGGGCAAAGGGCAUAGCUUUCAUAGGGACGGUAUCAUCGUGGUGGCUUAUCUCAUAUUGGGGUCGACGACCUUUAUACGUCGGUGGUAUAGGUUUGCUAUCCCUAAUCCUCCUCCUCAUUGGAAUACUUGAUGUCUCUGCUGGAAAAAGGGGUCUCUGGCCAUCAGGUGGACUCUGCGUUCUCUGGCUGUUUGUGUAUUCCCUUACAAUAGGACCUUUAGCAUUCAGUAUCAUCGCAGAAACCUCUUCUGUCCGACUAAGGCCUCUUUCGGUCGUACUAUCUCGCACGUCUUACCAACUCGUCAACAUCAUCUCACAGUUUUUGCAGGCGUAUAUGAUGAAUCCUGUCGAGUGGAACUUACUUGGUAAAACAGGCUUCUUCUGGGGUGGGACUGCUUUUUGCGUCUUCGUCUGGUCGUAUUUUCGCCUGCCUGAGGUGAAAGGCCGGACAUACGAAGAGCUUGACAUCCUGUUUAUGAAUGGAGUUCCAGCGCGCAAAUUUGCAACCACACACGUCGACCCGUAUGCUGCCCCUGCUAUAGUUGGUACAGGGGAUACAGCGGAAGUUAAGCAGAAGGUUCAAUCCACGCAAGACUAAGUACAGUAUUUAAGACGACUUGCAGAUAGUAGCUGCUUCUAUCCUAGUACGAUUACAAGGUUGAGGUCUUCGGAUUAAUCUAGAACACCGACAAGAAUUAUUUGGUGUAAUAAAAUCUACCGACCCAUUUCCGACGGAGUCUAAGACUUUCCAUCUGCUUUAAGUUAGGAACUUGGAAGUAUCGAAGAACUUAUCUGCUCUGGGGUUAUGUGAACUUGUGAUCCCUUAGCGUCCCGAGUC